UUUCAGUAGUAAGCCAUGGCAACGGAAAAAGAGCGGCCGUCAAUUCCAGAAGCAGACAAACUGGUCGAACCAGCGCCAGAAGCCGAAGAAGAAGACGCAGAUAAGGGACUGGCGAAGUCGCUCACGCUGUUCAACGGUGUGACGAUCAUCAUCGGAUGCAUCAUCGGCUCUGGCAUUUUCGUCUCACCCACUGGUGUACAAGAACAGGCUGGAUCCGUUGGCAUGUCUCUGAUAGUAUGGACCGCAUCGGGAUUAUUUACUGCUGUCGGAGCCUAUUGCUAUGCUGAAUUGGGAACACUGAUUAAGAAGUCUGGUGGUGACUAUGCCUACAUUAUGGAAGCUUUUGGUCCAUUCCUUGCAUUUAUUCGUUUAUGGAUAGAGUCAAUUGUUGUAAGGCCAUGUACGGUAACUGUCGUUGCGGUAACUUUCGCCAUUUACAUACUUCGACCAUUCUACCCGGAUUGUGACCCUCCUGAUGGUCUUCCAGAACUCCUAGCCAUUCUCUUGAUCGUGCUCAUGACGGCAAUCAACUGCAUAUCGGUCAAAGCGGCUACUUUUGUACAAGAUUUCUUCACUAUUGCUAAGAUUUUGGCUCUUAUUUUGAUUAUUGGCACUGGAAUGGUUUUAUUGAUGACAGGAAAGCCACAGUACAGAGAAUCGUUUGAGAACAUUUUCGAGAAUACGUCCAGAGAUUUCUCGACCAUAUCAAUCGCAUUCUACUCUGGUCUGUUUGCUUAUUCUGGCUGGAACUUCUUGAAUUUCAUUGUUGAAGAGUUACAGAAUCCUAAAAGGAAUCUCCCACUUUCUAUCGCAAUCUCUAUCACUACAUGCACAAUUAUCUAUGUGCUCACGAAUGUAGCUCUAUACACUGCGAUCUCACCUGAUGAAAUGCUUGAAAGCCCGGCUGUGGCUGUGUUAUUCGCGAACAAACUCUUCGGACCGUUCGCAUUUUGCAUGCCACUGUUUGUUGCUUGCUCCACUAUUGGAACCGCCAACGGAGUUAUCUUCACUUCAUCAAGGCUUUUCUACGUUGGAGCACGCGAAGGGCAAAUGCCGUUGGUAUUAACAAUGAUCAACAAACAUACAAGAACUCCCAUUCCAGCAGUCAUUGUAAUGGGUGCCCUCUCGUUGGCAUACCUUAUCCUAUCUAAGAAUGUCUAUUCUUUAAUCAACUAUAUUCAAAUCACUUACUGGUUGGCCAUAGCAGCAGCUAUCGCUGCAUUGUUCUGGCUCCGAAAGACAAUGCCUAAUGAGCCUAGGCCAAUUAAGGUGAAUCUCUUUUGGCCAGCAAUUUUCCUCGUUGGAUGCUUGGCAUUGGUUUUCAUACCAAUUAUGGCUGCACCAAGGGAUACCGCUAUUGGACUUGCGAUUAUGUUCUCUGCGGUGCCCGUGUACUUGAUCUUUGUUGCUUGGAAGAACAAGCCAAAGUUUGUGGAAAAACUUUCUGAAUCAUUUACCGUUCUCGUGCAAAAACUAUUUAUGGUUGUUGAAGACAACAAGGAGGAUUAGGGUCGUUACUAGCUGUAGCUGUAAUACUAACUCUUAGAUUAACUCUUCUUUUAUAAGCGUAUGUGUUUAUUUCGCGCGCGCGCUGCUCACUUAUCAAGUCUGAAAUUUUGCUCUUAUUGUCGUUUUUCCUGAUUUCUGCCUCAUAUCUACAUGUAUUUGUUCGAUUUGUUUUGCACGAUUGUGAUUCAUGGGUUAAUUGACAGUUUUUCUGAACAGUUUCUGAAUUUUAUUCGCAUACACUGAGUUGUGGUACAUGCUUUAAAGUUUUAGAAUGAC